AUGAAGCAGAUAAGCAUCUUGCAGAGUCCGGUGUUCUCGCCAUUUGUUGCACGAAUCUCUAUUCUAUUUUUAAAGCCGCAGGAACCGAAUCCUAUUGAAUAUGAAAUUAAAGUUAAUAGGAGAUGGAUUCUUUUGGACUACUACGAUGUGCCUAUUAGAAACAAAGGUGUUCUUUCCCAUAUCCCAACGGAACAUCGUUCUAGGUUUCCCAAGGAAUUAAGAAAACAAUUGCGAAGUGAGCUUUGGAUUUUACAUAAGGUGGAGUCGUUAAAUCACUUUGCGUUUAUUCAUCAAAUACCAGGAGCCCAGCCACCAUCUUCCGUCGCCUCGUAUUGGAGAAACAAAACCAUAAAUAAAUUAAGACGAUCCGUGAUGAAAAACCAGGUGGAACUAAUGGGAGGUGAUUGGGGAGAUUACAAGAAGCGCAUGAUGCAGAUGCUUCAGGAACAGAGUGGGGAUGAUGAGGACGACGUGGCUCAGUCUGUUCGCAUGGCGCUUGACCCGACGUAUCCUCUGGAACUUGCGGAGAGAUCUCGUGUUGCUGUGGAGAGAAACAUGGAAAUUGAACGAGCCUUUCAUGCAGACGUUGCCAAACGCUUUAUUACAGAUUCACCUCGCGAAUGUUUUGAUGUAAAAUGUGCCAAAAUAAAUCCAUGA